CAGGAGUCGAACCAUGAAUUCCCUGUUGUUUUCAGCUUUUAUUUGCGUUGCCGUAGCGGAUACUCAUAAUGGCUUCGGAGCGCCUCGUCCUCCCAGCAACGGCUAUGCGCCCCCAAGUAACACAUAUGGCACGCCCAAUGGCGCCUACGGAGUAGACCCUGAGAUUGCCGCCUUGGCCGAGAACAUUCCCGGGGGCGGCGUCCCCGGUGAGGACUACCCCAUCUUGGCUUCCGUGCCCGACACCGGCUUCUCUUGCGAUGCCCAGUCAGUGCAAGGUUAUUACGCUGACACUGAAGCCGGCUGCCAGGUGUUCCAUAUCUGCCAGGACCGCGCCCUCAGGCGCCAACAGGACUCGUUCCUGUGCCCCAACGGUACCAUCUUCAACCAGCAGUACCUGGUAUGUGACUGGUGGUUCAACGUGGACUGUUCUCAAGCUGAGAGCUUCUACUCCGUCAACGAACUCAUCGGAGUCGUUCCUAACGCCGGAUACAGUUAUGGCCCGGGUAUUAACGGCAACGGUAGGAAUGGAAAUGGCAACGGAAGGAAUGGUCUGGGUGGCAAUGGAAACGGUUACGGGGCUCCUUCUAAUUCCUAUGGUGUUCCUUAUAACGAACUCAUCGGAGUCGUUCCCGACGCUGGCUAUGGCUACGCUGCCACCACAAAUAGUCUUGCUAUUGUCAACGGCAACGGACAUGGAAAUGAAAUUAAAUGA